CCCGGAAGUUGUGUGUUUCAAACAAAACUUUGCCGUUGCUCCAGCGUGUCGGCAUACAAGAAGACAAGAAGGACGAGCAAGUUCCUCCAAACAGAGAUAAGCACUAAAGCCUAAACAGAGGACAUGGGCUUGAAGAAAUUGGUCUCGUCAGAGCUGGGCCAGCGGGCACCGGAAGACGUCCAUGAGCUGAUUCUUGAUAACUGUCGCUCAAGUGAUGGGAAGGUUGAAGGCAUCACAGAAGAAUUCUGUAAUCUGGAGAUGCUGAGCCUCAUUAAUGUGGGCUUGACCAGUGUCGCAGAAAUCCCCAAACUGGACAAACUCAAAAAGCUGGAGCUGAGUGAUAACAGAAUAUCGGGUGGCCUGGAAGUUCUGGCAGAGCGUGUGAAAAACUUGACGCAUCUUCACCUUAGCGGUAACAAGUUUAAAGACAUUAGCACGUUGGAACCACUGAAAAAUUUGCCUCAGCUGAAGAGUUUAGACCUUUUCAACUGCGAGGUGACCAACCUGGCUGACUACAGGCAAUCCAUCUUCAAGCUCCUCCCCAACCUCACCUACUUGGACGGCUUUGACAUUGAGAACGGCGAGGCAUCUGAUUCAGAAGGCGAAGUGGACGGGGCCGAAGAUGACGAUGAAGAUGGUGACUCGGAAGACUUUGAGGAUGAGGAGGAGGAAGACGAUGAGGACGUAGUGGCCGAAGAGGACGACGACGAAGACGACAGCAACGAUGAUGAGGAUGGACACGUGAACGGAGAUGUUGACAGUGAGGAAGACGUGGACGAUGAAGAGGACGAUGAGGAUGAUGUAGACGAGGACCCGCCCCCAGCCAAAGGAGAAAAGAGGAAGAGGGACCCCGAGGAUGAGGACGACGAUGAAGAAGAUGAUUAACUCCCAAAUGCCUGUCCUACAUCCCUCCCCAACAGCUGCAUUCCAUUUCUCUAACUGGUACCCCACUUUUUUAAACCCUAAACUUAAGUUGAUGCCUGCCCAUAGUUAUGUGAUCAAGUGUUAAUGGACAUCACAAAGUUUCUCAGGACUUGAAGUUCAUCAAUCAUAAAAUAUCUGAAGUCACUUUUUAGAUUUUGCCAAGACAAAUUAAUUAUGCAACAUCAGAGGAUGUCAUUGCACCAUUCUCCCCUAACCCCCUGCUGUGAUGUAAUCAAUCCUGCCCCACUCCCCCGCAGGCUAAGCGCUCAGGGCAAAAAAGUUUCAUCAUUUGUUUUCCCCUUGCCAGCAAAGUUUUUAAAAUAUCUUUUGUUUUCCCGAGGAUGGUUUCAUUUUGUUCUUUGGGGGCUCUUUUCCCCCCGCCCUGUUUGCCGUUUACACUGACUAUUGUUUUUUGUUUUGUAUUUUUACUUUCUGUAAGUUAAAGCAAAAACUACCAAAAAAAUACAAAAAGGACUUUGUAAAUAAAAUCUUAACGUUU